UCCCGCAACGAUCAAAGCGGCUGGCGGCUUCAAGGCCCUCGGCUGCGACAAGGUCUCGAUCGAGACGCACGUCUACAUGUUUCCUAAGGACACCUACCUGGUCUCGUACUCCGCAAGCAAGGACAGGUCCAUGUUCUUCACCGACGACGACGGCUACGUCUACGCCAUCGACACGGCCGGCAUCGCCUUCACAGACGCCGCUGCUGGGUGGAAGAAGGUCACCGGCAACGCCGACGGUGCGUGGGAGAACAACCCGGAUUAUACUGCGUGUUUGACCGUGGACGGUCUGCAGAAGCGCGCGCUGGGCGGUGCUUGUGACACGCGGCCGCCUGCUGCCAAGCCGCCCCGCUACUAA